UUUCAAUAAGAGCUGGUGUGAAUCAAAAUCCCUAUCUAGCAUCAUUGUGGCUUCUCACAAUUUGAUAAAUUUCCAUAUUGGAGCAAGAUCGGGAUUGCAGACGUAGAAAUUAAUUUGCUGCGAUCCGGAACGUCCGGGAUCCAGUGGAGCGGUAGUGCGAAAAUCUAGUUUAUUGUACCUAUUAUAGGCAUUAUAGGUACUUGGGCAGAGGAGAAAAAAGAGUCAAGUGCAGAGAAAAAAAAUGAAAGUGAAAGCGUCCUCCGCCACCGAUCUGUUGGUGUUGAGGUUGAAGUUGUUUUGCUUCUAGCGCUUCUUGAAUGAAACAAAGUGCGUUUCGAGUCUCGCAGAAAGAGCAGAAGAUUGUAGUGGAAGAGAGUGUAAACAAUAAUCAUUUCAAUUUAAUUUACGCCUUUUAGUUUCCUCGCUACUUAAGGUGGCAGUGUGAAGUUGGGACGUGAGGCUUCUAGAUAAGUGCCAUGGAUUGCCAAAUUUGUCUCAGAGUGCUUUACUGAAUCCUCGCUGCGCUUCGAGAAAGGGGUAGAACGAGCAUUAUCACUGUUUGGUAGCAGGUGUAUCAAGGGGAGGAAAUUGUAGGACGGUGCUCCUCACCUCCGCCAUCGACGAGGAGGGCAGGUCAGGUCGUUGGACAUUGAUCGUGUGUGGAGUGAAGUGUGAAAAAGUGCUUCAGCCGUUGUCGUAAUCGUCGCCGUCUUGGCACUUGGCAGCAGCAUCACAGCGAAAGAUGGAAAAUCCGGGCUCGCUGCCGUUUCUUCUCGUCACGGCUAACGUCGGGAGCGUAUUCGAGGACCCGUCCCGUCUGCUAAGCAUCUGGAUCCAGGAAUUCCUCAGCAAUGUGGCGAGCCGGAGGCCGGCCUUCAUUGCGCUGCACCUGCAGGAGGUCGGCGGCAAAACGUACGACAAGUCCAUGGAGUACGUGCAGGAGUUCAUCAAGAAUCUGUGCGAGUCGGCCGAACUGGCCGACUACAACCGGAUCCGGGUGUACCUGGACGAGGACUACAACUCGGCGGAGCAUUUCACGGCACUCGGCAAUCUCUACUUCGCCAUCCGGACCAUCGACAGCCUGCAAAUGUGGAACUUCCUCACCCACGAGUGGGAAUCGGUGGAGGGCAAAAAUAUCCACACGGGAAACAUUGAAUCGGUUGCCUCCAAGGAGAAGGCCAAAUUUCCACAGCAGUUCUUCCCCGAAUGCAAAUGGUCACGGAAAGGCUUCCUGCGAACGCGCUGGUCCCUGAACGGGACCGUCUUUGAUCUGGUCAACAUCCACCUGUUCCACGAUGCUUCCAAUUUGGCCGCCUGCGAGGAGUACCCUUCGGUGUAUUGCAAAAGUCGACGGCGGGCGCUGGUUCACACGCUGGAAAGAUUUCACCAGGAUUCGGUCAACCAAACCGUGCCAUACUUUGUUUUCGGGGAUUUCAACUUCCGGUGCGACACCGAAGGAGUAAUCAAAAAACUGACGGAGGACCUGACGAUGCAUCGCGUUCCGAAUCCGAAGAACGACAGCACCAAGGUCCAGUAUCGAGACUCGGACGGUUCCAACGUACUUACAGUGGGCAAGAAGGAGUUCAACCACCACAACCAGAGCACUUUUAAGGAGAGUUGGCUGCGCCAGUACGACCGUGAGCUGGACUCACUGCGCAGCAUACUGCACGAGUAUCCGAUUACAUUCCCGCCUUCCUAUCCGUACGAGGAGGACCCCGGGCAGCCGGGCAGCUACAUGAGUACCCGGUGUCCGGCCUGGUGCGACCGGAUAUUGAUCAGUCCCGCGGCGCGCAAAAUUAUCGACGAACGGGAACACUGCAAAACUGGUGGAAUGCCGGCGGCGACGACGACCCCGACGAUGACCAAAAGUACCUACGGUAUCAUGGGCGAGGUAGUUUGCAUGGGUGAUCACAAGCCGGUGUUCCUCCACUUACGAAUCAAGACGAGUCAAGGCACACAGCGCGAAAUCUCCGCCGACGAGCUCCGUGCCCGGCUGCAGGAAUACGACGACCUGAACGCACGCAUCAGCGACGAACCCUCUCGCAACAGUGGCCUGAUACUGAGAACGCACUACGUCCAAAUCACCCCGAGCCAAUCGCAGGACUCCAGCGGCAGUGGAAGCGUAUCGGACGAAGCCUGCUUCGGACGGUCGGUGGCCGCUGGUGCCGCAGCCACCGUUGGCCUCGAUGAUCCUGGCGUUCCAGUGGACGACGGGGAUACCGUGUUCUACCAUCAGCAUCAUAAUGAUGCAACAGGGGCGGUCGGGUCGGUCAGUGGGUCGGCGUGUAGUUCGAUGAUCUUUCGGGAGACGACCGUUUAAAGCACGGCUUUGUCUUUUGAGUGGGAAACAAAGAACUUAAGUUGGGUUUGUUAAAUUGCAAUGGGUAAUUAUUAUCAUGUUCCGGUGGAAUGAGUUUUAUUCAUUGACAUUUGUUUGUUUUACACGAUUCCAGAAUCUAUUAAUAGCAGAAAAUUAGCAGAAUCUCGCCUGAUCUAGAAUUUUAUUUUGUAUAACGUAAGAGUUCAUCGAGGCCGUAUGAAGCUUAUUUAUAAUUCAUGAAAAAAACAGUUUGUACUAUUUUAUUUGAUUCCACCUUUUGGAAUACUUUAUUACAAUAGUUAACAAAAGAAUAGUACAAAUUUGUUUUCUACCUUGUACUUGAAGUAAUUUUUCAGUUUUAAAUAAGUAUCUGCAUUUUUAUAUCUACAAGAUAUACAUGAGCCAAAGAGUCAUAAAUAAAAUAAAUGCUAAAAUAUGCAAUAAUAAUAAUAAUAGCAAAUGCAGACUACUGAACGAAAUUUAUAAAUAUUGUAGACAUUGCAGGCCUAAACCAAAUUUACCAGCGCAUUAUUGCAUUAUUGAUCGUUGGAUUUUUCAUAGGUUUGUGAGAUUUCAUUGUUUGCAUAACUUGUGGACGGAAUAGGGAUUAUCCAAUCAAAAAUACUGAAAGAGAUAUCUGGUUAUUCGCAUGUCCUGUUUUCUUGAAUUCCUGCACUCUUUUCAUCAGUAUCAUUUAGGGAGUCGUUAUCAAAGUGACUCGAGUUCCGUAAAGUACAGCAAAUUUGAAAGCGCAUAAAGACAGCGCAUUGAGAUAGUGUUUUUAAUGCUUCAUGCUGAACCUAGAAGAAGAACUAAAGAAUACAGAAUUUGUAAAAUUCGUUCUCAAUAGCAGUUGGUGCAAAAACUCUAGAGUGCCAUUAACUAUGUGUAAGUUUAGGUAUCGGUAUGUACACUGGCAACAUGGUAUCAUGUGGUAUCAUGGUCCAGGCAAUCAGACAUAACACGUGGAAGUUUGACCCUGUUCAAUCAUUUCAGCAGUAUUUUUGCGAUUAAGUGAUUAAUUAUUUGCUUGUAAAGUUUGUUCUAUGAUUAUAAUAAUCAUAAAACUUCCUGUGUGUUAUGUCUGUUUGUCUGCGAUAUAUAAACUUAGUAGUAUAAACGUGAAAUUAUAAAUUCACUGUUUGGAUUCACCAACCAGUCCAAGGAAAGCCACAAACAUAUAUGUAGUGUCAACUCCGAGUUAAUCAAGAAAAUCUCAGAUCUUCAGUCGUCCUUCAACGCCCAUAAAGUUUUAUAGAGUAAAACGUGUUUAGUCAUAAAACCGCCAUUAGAACCAAUUUUGUCUUGAAUUGGUGCCCUUUUGUUUUUGAGAGGUGCCCGAAACUAGUCCAACACAGAGCUUAAUCAAAGAUUAUGUUUGCGCCUCAAAGCUUAAACCAAAUCACAGUCUAGUCCAAUACGGUAUUUAAGAAUCUACAUCGUUGAAAUUACACAUGAUGGUCCUCUAGAAGGUGUCGAUUUUGAGAACCAAGUCGUGGGCCACCUUGCGGAGAACCCUCAUUGAAUUUCAAUCAAAUCAACCACCUAAUAGUACCAUAGCUAAGAUCAAAGAUUUCAGUUAUGUCUUCUCUGCCGGAAUAUAUUUGUGAUUCAAUUCGUUUACAGAGGUUUACAGUCUCUGGAAAAUAGAAACAAAAUAGAAAAUAUUAAACCAAUAUUCCAAUAGUUAACAAUCGGGUACUGCAAUUGAUAUUGUUUCGUGUAAAUAGUUUAGGAACGGCACUGUAGUAUAAUUAACAUUAUUAAAUAGUAUUUAUAAUUACCGAAAUCCGAAUACGGCGAUUAUGUGGGAUCUCAUUAAUGAAUGGAGUAGCGUAAUGUGCGCUAAUAAGUUGAUAUUGUUUAUUCAAUUUACAUAUUUGGAUACGAUUUAUAACGUUAUUGUAGCAACAGUACCGGCGUAGUACUUUGAGGAACAUCAUUUGAUGAGUAUGGAUAAACUUAGUCAAACCGUAAAUAAUAUCAAAAUAUAAAAUUAAACAUCGUUGUUGGAAAUUAAACCCGAGUUGGAAUAAUAAAGAAAUAAAAUAAAUAGAGUACUUAUGCCCUGAAAGAUAUUAUACAAAGAGAUAUUGCAAAGAAAAAAAUAUGGAUAUAAUGUAAAAUGUUUUGAAAACAUAUACCUAAAGGAAAGAAAUAAAUGUGCAAUGCGUUCAA